GAAAAAAGAAAAUGGCCAACGAACCCCUCGUCAAACACAUCUACACCGCGGACCCCUCCGCCCACGUCUUCAACAACAAACUAUACAUCUACCCCUCGCACGACCGCGAGACAGACAUCCAAUUCAACGACAAUGGCGACCAAUACGACAUGAACGACUACCACGUCUUCUCGCUGGAGACCGUCGGCGGCCCCGUCACCGACCACGGCGUCGUCCUCAAGGACACCGACAUCCCCUGGAACGGAAAGUACUACCUGUACUUCCCUGCGCGCGACCGCGAGGGCAUCUUCCGCAUUGGCGUCGCGGUGGGCGAUAAGCCCGAGGGGCCGUUCGCGCCGCAGCCGAAUCCCAUCCGCGGCAGCUACAGCAUUGACCCGGCGGCGUUUGUCGAUGACGACGGGCAGGCGUAUUUGUACUUUGGCGGGAUAUGGGGCGGGCAGUUGCAGUGCUGGAGCAAGUCGGAGAAGGGGGAAUGGGAGUUCGAUGCGUCGAAGACGGGCCCGCAGGAGCCCAGCGGGGAGGGGCCGCUGGCGGCGGAUGACCAUGAGCGGCGGUUCUUCGAGGCGGCGUGGAUGCACAAGUAUAACGGCAAGUAUUACUUCUCGUGGUCGACGGGCGAUACGCAUUACCUGGUGUAUGCGACGGGGGAUAGUCCGCUGGGGCCGUUCACGUACCGCGGCCGGAUCCUGGAGCCGGUGCUCGGCUGGACGACGCAUCAUUCUAUUGCGGAGUUCCAGGGGAAGUGGUAUCUUUUCUAUCAUGACUGUUCGCUGUCCGGAGGGGUGGAUCAUCUGCGGAGUGUGAAGAUGCAGGAGAUUGUUUAUGAUGCGGACGGGAAUAUCAAGCUGGCUGAAUGA